AUGCACUCGACGAAGUUACUGGUAUCACUAGUCUGGAAGGUUGCGCGGCCUCUUGCGCUGCGUGGAAUGAAGCACUUCCUGUCUUAUGGCCUCGCGAAUUUCGACCAAGGAACCAAAGCCGUCAGACUGAUCAAUGCUGGCUAUGGAUACCCUGCUAUCAACGACCAGAUGUAUCCCAUCCCCAACAUUGCCUCGUCUACGAUCUGUGCCGGACCUUCUAGUACAGCAUAUGCCUACCAGACCGUCGUACCUCAGAGGACUUUUCAGAACGUCAACCAAUGGACAGGCAAUCUAAAGUACGAAGUCGAGUGCCAGAGACAGAUAACUGGUACACUCUCAACAGGCGUGUACCUUACCAGUUUCCUAUCUGGAAACUCGUUCAAUUCAUAUGAGGACUGCCUCCGGUAUUGCCAAUACUCCAACGAGAACUCCGACGGCAGUUGCCGUGGUUUCAAUUAUGAUCCUUCGUCAGGCACAAUUUGCAACCUGUACAGUACUGUCUCCAGUGUUAGUGCACAGGUUGGAGUCAGUGGUGGCAGGUGGUUUGGCGGCGGCUACAGCAAUGCCACAGAUCGACCGGCUGGAUUUGUAAGCGUAAAUCAGCAGUGA